GGAAGUACUAAAACGUCAUCGAAUAUUGUGCCUCUUACACUUCCUGGGCAAAAAUGGCCCCCACGGCAGCAACUAAGCCAAAGGCCCCUUCCCGUAUGGUCACUAAAGAUGUUAAAGGUGACAAAAAUGGUGGAAAACGAGUUGUUCGAGUGAACCGAACGUCUCGAUACUACCCAACUGAAGACCGCCCAAGAAAGCUUGUGAACAGGAAGAAGCCAUUUAGCCAACAUAAGACCAGUCUGAGGACCUCCAUUACACCUGGCACCAUCCUCAUCUUGGUGGCUGGCAGACACAAGGGAAAGCGUGUUGUGUUCCUGAAGCAGCUGACAUCUGGUCUCUUGCUGGUGACAGGACCAUUCCACCUGAACGCAUGUCCAUUGAGAAGAAUUAACCAGAUCUAUGUGAUUGCCACAAAAACUAAGAUAGACAUAAGUGGCGUGAAGCUGCCAGACCGUCUCAAUGACACAUACUUCCGCAGAAAGAAGCUGAGGAAACCCAAACACACCGAAGGAGAGAUAUUUGAAACAAAGAAAGAGGUGUACACUGUGAGUAAUGAGCGUAAGGAGGACCAGGUUGCAGUUGACAAGCAGAUCCUGGCGGCCAUCCGUAGCAACCCAGACAAAAAGUACCUGUUUGGAUACCUUGGCGCCAUGUUCUCACUAGGCAGCAAGCAGUACCCACACAAGAUGGUCUUCUAACAUGUGUUGUACAGUUGGGUUAAUAAAGAAAAAAAGCACA